UGUUUAUUUCACUUUCAGCCCCACAAUUUAAGAGAAAUUAUCAAUCAAACCCUAGUAGUAUCUGAAUAGUCCUACAAAAUAGAAUUCGAACCAGCGAGCUUGGUGUUUCUCGAAUUCGAAGCUGAGAUCCAAAUUAGGUAAAGUAGGUCACUUUGUGGUAGCUGUCUUCUACACAAGACCAGAAGAGAGCCAAACAGAGGAAUACGCUUCUCCACAAUGACAGAAGAAUACGAGGUUGAUGAGCAGAAGCAAGCUGCUGCUGAUGUGUUGUUUAGUUAUUCCAAGUUUGCAAUGGCCUGCAUUGGUAACCAUACUCGUCCUACUGACAUGAGGUUGCAUUUGAUGAAGGAGAUCUCUGGAAUGCCAACUUCUCUGAAAGGAAGAGACUCUUCUAGAGCAGCUUCUCCUGAUCCACUUGGCGAAUCAUCAAGCUCCGGUACUGCCAGGCUAGAUAAAACGGAUAGUUUCAGGGCACUUUGAUUUUAGUUUUUCUCCACUUGUCAGGGUCUCAUAAGAUAUAUGCUAGUGGAUUACAGGAUAAGUAUCUGUGGCCGAGGAACCUACUUAUCAAGUUUUAACUUUUGAUUUCGCCCAUGAUAGUGUCAAAUGUUAUUAAUGCUGUAUUCUCAGAUGUGUGUUUCUGAAAAAAUAAAUGCUAUGCUGCUACUUCGAGAUAAAUAUAUCUCCCAUUUCUUGAAUAGAGUAUUUACUUAUCGUGUAUUUCUAUGUUAUUCCCGAGCACAGAACAUGGUUUCUUGAGUCAGAUUGUUCGUUAUGGAAACCAUGAGUCAUCAAAAGUUGGAAGGUUAUAGC